AUGGCCCCGUUUAAGGAUUUUUAUGGUAGGAGAUAUAGGUUUUAUAUCGGGUUGUUUGAUGAAUUUAAGGUAAGGCCAUGGGGUACUGAUCUUUUGAAGGAUUCAUUAGAUAAGGUUAAGGUGAUUCAGGUAAAGCUCUCGGCAGCUCAGAGUAGACAGAAGGAGUAUGCGGAUCAAAAGGUUCUAGAUCUUGAGUUCAUAGUUGGAGAACAAGUCCUGUUCAAGGUUUCACCCAUGAUGGGUGUGAUGAGGUUUAGGAAGAAAGGUAAGCUUAGUCCUAUAUUUAAUUGUUCGUUUGAGAUUAGUAAUCGUGUGGGGGAUGUAGCCUAUGAGUUGGAUUUUCCCCAGAGAUAUCAUGGUCAUGGUUCAUUUAUCAUUUGUUGCGAUUCUGUCUUGUUGGAUGAGAAUUUGUCUUAUGAGGAAGAGCCUAUUACAAUUAUCGAUAGAGAGGUUCGUAAGCUGAGGUUGAAAGAGAUAGCGUCAGUGAAGGUUCAGUGGAAGAACCGUCCCGUUGAUAAAGCUACUUAG